GCUUAUCAUUGCACAGACUCUUUUACACUUCUUGGUUGAUACACGGUGUAGUUUAACGCUAGUGACAUUGCCCUGAAGGUAGCAGUACCAUCAUGGGCUGGUUGAGCACUACGACUAAGUCGUCCUGGAAUCCCUUCAGUACGGGUUCCUCGGGCUCAUCUCUAGUCAAAAAUAUAUUGCCUGGGUCUUCAGACAGCGGUGGUUCUUUAGCAUCGCUGGCUUUCGGUACUAAAGACCAAAAAUGGUUUCAAGGCGUCCUGGGCAAAUUCGGUUUCAACGGUGUUCUCGCCACCAUACUUAGCUUCUUCCUCUAUGCUCUCUACCUGAAGUCUGUUAAACAUGAUGAGAAAGGCUUGCAAACCUUGAUCAAAGAGAAGGCAUCCCAGUAUCUCGGCAAGAUCCCAGGCCUCAACAAGCUCUCUCUCCUGAAAGGACACCUGCCUUUGGGUAGACUUUCAAAGUCACUGAUUCCAAAGGCAACGAAAGGUGCACUCGGAAGUAUUGCUGGAAGUAGUGGUGGUAUACUAUCAAAACUCAAUCCCUUCAAUUGGAAAAUCUUCAACAAGCGAAAGAUCGCCGAGGAAGAGGAUGAUAUGAAGUAUCAAGCAGGUGAGCCAUAUGGUGACCCGGAGGUUCUGGCCCCUACCUUGCGCGAUGAUCUCAAAGCUGUCGGGCUCAAGGCUGGCGUCCAAGACCUCAAAGUGCUUUUGAGUGUUGUCAAGAACAAGGGCAAGCCCAUCGAUGACCGGGAUUUGACUAUGGAGAAACUCAUCGCCAUUGUUUCGUCCUUGCCUCGAAACUCCAAAGCGAGGAAGAAGUUGACCGGCGUUCUUAUUGAUACGCUCUGGCAAAGUCUACCACAUCCACCCAUGACCUAUCUCGGUAACAAAUAUCAAUAUCGGACACCUGAUGGAAGCUAUAACAACCCCCUUCAACCAAACCUGGGCAAGGCGGGCAGCCCUUACGCGAGAAACGUUCCCAAGCUGAAGCACAUGCACGGUGUUCCUCCCGAUCCAGGCCUUCUUUUCGACUUGCUCAUGGCUCGAAGCGAUGAAACUUUUAAAGAAAACCCAGCUGGUCUCUCAUCUGUGCUUUUCUAUCACGCAACGAUAAUCAUUCAUGAUAUAUUCCGGAGCAACAGAUUUGACCCUAACAUCAGCGACACGUCUUCUUACCUUGACCUAGCCCCACUGUAUGGAUCCAGCCUGGAGGAUCAGAUGAAGGUUCGAACCAAGGUCCGCGGUUUACUCAAGCCAGACACCUUCAGCGAGAAGAGGCUCAUUGGGAUGCCCCCCGGCGUUAACGCUAUUCUCGUUAUGUAUAACCGUUUCCACAACUACGUGGCCGACAACCUCCUAAAGAUCAACGAGGGAGGACGGUUUUCGCUGCCCCCGACCAAAUCAGAGGAGGACAAGAAGGCUGCACUAGCCAAACAGGAUGAAGAUCUUUUCCAGACUGCUCGACUGGUUACCAAUGGUCUCUACGUUAACAUCUCGUUGCACGACUAUAUUCGUGGCCUGGCUAACGUACAUCAUUCAUCGAGUGACUGGACCCUCGACCCUCGAGUCAAGAUCAACAAAAUCUUCGAUUCUGAGGGUGUUCCACGAGGAAUUGGUAAUCAGGUGUCCGUCGAAUUCAAUCUCUUGUACCGUUUCCACAGCAUUAUUUCCCGCCGCGAUGAGAAAUGGAUGAACGAGUUCUUCGCAGAUAUCUUCGGCCAGGACAAGAAAGUUGACCAGCUCACUCCACAGGAAUUCAUCCAAGGUCUUUAUCGCUUUGAACAGAGCAUUCCAGAGGAUCCCAGUGCGCGCGAGUUCGGCGGACUCAAGCGUGGUGAGGAUGGCAAAUUCAGUGACGCCGACUUGGUACAACUGAUGAAGGACAGCAUGGAAGAUCCUGCAGGCUGCUUCGGUGCCAGGAUGGUUCCCAAGGCGCUCCGUGUUAUUGAGAUUCUGGGUAUCAUUCAGGCAAGAAAGUGGCAGUUAGCCUCUUUGAAUGAGACGCGUGACUUCUUCAAACUUAAGCGCCACGAGACUUUCGAGGAUGUUAACUCGGACCAUGAAAUCGCUGAUCUUCUGCGCAAGCUUUAUGAUGAUCCCGACAUGGUUGAAAUGUACCCUGGGCUGUUCCUCGAGGAUAUCAAGCCACGCAUGGACCCUGGUCAUGGUGGAUGCACCCCUUACACCGUUGGAAGAGCAGUGUUCAGUGAUGCUGUUACGCUUGUUCGAUCGGAUCGGUUCCUUACCAUUGAUUACACGGCUUCGAACCUCACCUGCUGGGGUUAUAACGAAGUUCAACAGGACUAUGACAUUCUGGGCGGCUCGAUGUUCCACAAACUGUUCCAGCGCGCUCUUCCUAACUGGUUCCCGUAUAACUCAUUGCACAUCACCCAGCCUAUGUACACGAGGAAGAUGAACGAGCAGAUCGCCCGGGAAAUCGGUACUAUCGACGAGUACACCCUUGAUGACCCUUCGCCACCUCCAAAGACCGUUAUCGUGACCAAGCACUCCACCAUCACCAAGCUCUCGAAGGACCAAGCCAACUUCCGUGUUAUCUGGGCUAAGUAUCUCAAUGAGAUGAUUCCGGGUAGAGACUUCAGUGGCUACAUGCUGCUAGGCGAUAAACCGGCCAACACUGCUCAGAAGUCUCUCGUCAAGGGAAUCCUCUACAGUCCUGCCGAGUUUGUGCAAUUGUUGUCAGAGACAGCGGUGUCCGUGGCCAAAGAGCAACUUGCCGCUGAGACAUUGAACUUGACCUCGGAGCUGCACCAGGUUGACAUUGUUCGGGACGUCGCCAUUCCCAUGGUGACUAGGAUCCUGGCCGAUCUUUUCUGUCUGGACCUCAAGACCCCUGAGAACCCGAACGGAACUUACAAUGUCGCAGAGCUAUACAAGUAUAUCAUUGACGUGCGUAUCUUCGGUUUCAAUAAUGACGAUCCUGGGUUGGCUUUGCAACGCAGGAAAUGGGCCCGUGAGGGUGCAGAAUCUCUUACCAAGACCACGUUGAAGGUCGUGUCCAACUUGCCCGCUUCGGAGAAAUCCGCAAAGGGAAUUGUUAAGGGAGCCGUUUCUACAGCCAAGGGCAUCGCCUCGAAGAUCCCACUUGUUGGCAAGCUUGUUGGAGACGGCAAAGGAGUUGAGGGACAGUCGACAAGUGGCUCGUUGCGUUGGUACGGAUACAAUGUGGCUAAGGAACUGAUCGCCUCAGGAAAGACUCCCGCAGAGGUUGCGGACAUCAGCUGGAUGAACGCUGUUGGUGGUGUUGGUGCGACUAUCGGAGUGUUCACCGAUGUCCUCAACUAUUUCCUCCAGGAUGAAAACUCCCAGCACUGGGAAGAGAUUCAGAAGCUUGCUGCUAGCUCGGAUUUAGAAUCUUCAAACGGGUCUCUCCGGCAAUACGUCCUUGAAGCCCAACGCUUGACCAGCACCCAACGAAGCCUCCGUCUCUGCGCGGGUAAGGCCGUGAUUGAUGGACAGAGUUUCGAACCCGGUAACUUGGUGAUAUGUCUUUUGGGUGCGGCAUGCAAGGACCCCGAUGCUGUCCCGGACCCAGAAGCAUUCAAACUCGACCGGCCAUCAAGCGCGUAUAUCCACUUCAAUGUUGGACCACACGAGUGUCUCGGUCGAGAGAUUGCAUUGUCCUGCAUCACCUCCCUUGUCCGUGUCUGUGCUGGCCUGAAGAAUCUCCGAGCAGCACCCGGUCAAAUGGGAGUCCUGAAGAGCAUCACCACUGGCACUGAGAAGCACUUCCUCAACGACAGCUGGUCUACCCUUACCGUCGACCCAACCACCUGGAAAAUCCACUUCGAAGGCCACGGUCAGGGCAUCCAUCAUCCCCCUGAGAUCCCAGUCACCGCAGGCCGAGACCUCAACGCCCUGUCCAACGCUCUGAAGAAACAGCACCAGGACAAGUUGCAAGAAACCGUUGCAAAGGCAGCCAACGGCUUCACAGCCCCACUGACCAAACUCACCCCAUCCAACGGUCCCAGCAACGGCGCCUCCACCCCAGGCCACCUACCGCUCCCCGUCAACCCCUUCCAGAACGGCAACAGCAACGGUGUCGCAAAUGGAGACGGAAACACCCACCCAAACCUCCUCCAGCAAGCCGUCUCCUCGGCCGCUGCCAUUCCACAACACGCCCUGGGCACAAUCCAUGAUGUCGCCCACAACACCGUCGGCCAUUUACCCGGCGGCCAGCAAGUCACGGACUUCACUCACGGGCUGGUCCAUCCCUUCGCUGGAGCUGUGUCUCCCGGCCAAACUCAACCCCCGCAUCAGGGUCAGACUCAGACUCAGCCCCACCAGGGGAACUGGUUCUUUCUCCCCCAUGGCAUGGAAAAUGCUGCCAAGCAGGUUCCGGGACAUCUUUUUGGCCAGACAGCAUAGGUUGGUCAGAAUGUAUUUUGUUGGGCUAGAAAUGUAUGAGAAGUGGAGGGGUUGGUGGUCGUGGAAUCGGGGGGGGUUGAUAGUGGUUUUAUUGCAAUGGGAAAGAUAGUGGUAGUAGUAGCAAAAUUUAUGUCCUUGGUUUUGCUUUAAUUUCUC